AUGUCCCUUAGUGCACUGCCUCUGGAGGGGCUGACCGCGAUCGCAGACUUUUUCGAGCCCGCCUCGGUCCCCCUCACCUUCACAAGCGUCUCGCCCGCUGGGCGAGUUGCGGGGGAGCUCGCUGCCUUCGCCUGCCCAGCGCACUGCUAUGGCCAUGCCGCGUCACCACACACGCCAAUGCUGAGCAUGGACCCGUCCCUCAUGGAGCGUGUGGCUGUCAUAACUGACACGCACCACUUGAAGAAUGCGGAGUGGUGGAUGGUGCGGAGCCGCUGCCCCGUCGACGACGACUCGCACCCAUACCCUCUCCGAAGCGUGUACUUCUGUCUGGGCUCGGCACUGGAGCUGUCUGUGGAUCUCCUCGCCCGCGUGCCUCUCUGCGCGUCCACAGUAACGAAACUCAACCUGAAUGCCCGCUGCGACAGCCACAAUCACAUCUCGAGCCUCGGUGCCAUCUCUCGCCUCGUCCAUUUGCGCGAGCUCAUCAUGAAGAACACGACGGUGCUGCAGUCCACUUGCCAGCUACCCAUGAUCAUGACACAGGAGCUACACGCGGUCUUCCGUAAGCUGCGCAAGCUCGUUGUUGGCGACUUCUACCUAGUGAAACAUCUCCCCCUGCACGACCUGCCAGAGUUGGAGGAAGUAGACUUGGGUGGAACCGGUGUGACGAACGACGUCGUGCAGGCACUGUCGAGCUGCCACCGCGUGCACACCCUCACACUAAGCGGCUGCGUCGGCAUCGACUCCUUCGCUCCCUUGACAGCGCUGACGCGUCUUUCUCAGCUUGACGUGUCGCACACGCGUCUCGACAACACAGGGCUUCUCCACCUCUGCUGCAGCUGUCCACAGCUGUUCUUUCUAGCACUCAAUAGCUGCAACUGCAUCACCGACUUCUCUCCUCUAGAAGCGCUAGAGGACCUGACAUACCUUCACGUGGCCCGAACGCGCUUCCGCAACUCUGACCUCGAGCGCAUCCAUGCUCUUCCAGAGCUGGAGGAGGUGCACAUGUCAUCAUGCCGCGGCGUGGACAUUUUCACGCCGCUAGCGGAGCUGCGAACGGUGCGGAUGCUUGACGUGCGGGACACGUGGAUGGACGACACCGGCGUCGAGUCUGUCGCGCGGUGCUGCCAGCUGCUACGCCUCAACAUGAGCGCCUGCCCCGCCAUCGAGCACUUCUCUCCGCUUGCACGGCUCUCGUUGCUGGAAGAGCUUAACCUCUCUUGCUCGCCGGUGACGGACACAUGCCUGGCAACUCUCUGCACCGCCGCGUCGAGUCUACGCGUCUUCCUGCUCAAUGGAUGUCGUCUUGUGAGCGACUUCACACCGCUUGGCAGCCUUGGAUCACUCGAGGAGGUCGGUGCCUGCGACACAGCCUUCACCGACGCCGCACUCGAGGCCGUGGCACAGUGUCCGCAGCUGACGAAGCUGCACCUGCACGUGUGCACCGGACUCACAUCGUUGGCCCCCUUAGCGGCUUGUUCUCAUCUCAUCUACCUCGGCAUCGGUGGCACGCGUUUCUCGAGCAAUGCUUCUGAGCGUGAGUGCGCCUCUCUCCAGGAGCGCGGCGUGCGACUCAGCCAUCAGGUGUAUCUUGGCACGGACUUUUAG